CGUAGGCGAAGGAAAUAAGGAAAAGAAGGGUACAGGAGAAACGGAAGUGAUAACAGUAAAGACCAUAUACAGAGGACGAAAAGAGACAAUAGAACAGGAUACGGAAGGAGAAAGCAGCUAA